UAAUGAUACAUACAUAUGGAGGUCAGAAGACAAACAAGAUUAGAUACGCAGUUUACAUCGAGGAGCAAGUGAAUAGCAUCAUGCCGUUUUUAUCAACACCGCUUCAGAUACUAGCUUUCGGACUUUUUGUAACAUAUUGUGAAGGGUCUUGUCCUGAUGGAUACUGUCGGCAUUCCGGUGGCUGUUAUCUUGUCGUUGGUCUCAAUGUUACAUGGAUUGAUGCUAGGAGUUUUUGCACUGUGUUAGGGGGACAACUGCUCUCAGUGGAGUCAUCAGUCACUCAAAAAGCUGUGGAAGGAGCACUUCAACGCUCUAAAGGGUUAGUCUUUCCAGGGAAAUUUUGGCUAGAUUUUAACGACCUGUUGAACCCAAAAGAUUGGAAAAGAAUGCGAGAUCUCCAGUCCUUGGCUUAUGAAAACUGGAAUUCAAAUUUUGGUUCAUAUGAAAACGAAACUUUAGUUCAGAAUUGUGUCUACAUGUCUGAAGAGCAAGAUUAUCGUUGGUCGCCAGCCUCGUGCAGUGAGAAGAUAAACUUUAUCUGCUAUGCAUCAGGAUAAUUACGGCAUGUAAGCACAAAAGUUGUAAAUUAAGCCUUUAAUCACUUGAUAUUCGAACUAUUGUGAAAUAAUAGUAACUACAACAUAAAUUGAUCAGAAUUAGGAUCAAACAGGAAUGAUGAUAAUACAGGUUUCUUUGUUAAUCAAAUGUCUCUACUGGUCUGUCAAAGUCUUCUUCAAAAUGUAUUCAUUGUGUAGCAUAGCAUUAAAAAAACACUGUACUCAUCUUUCUUAUCGUAUUUUGGUAUUUUCAUAUCCGGGAUAGUACCUUGUAGAUAUAGUUAUAUGUAUUUGAAUUUUGAUAUUUUGAUUAACGUUUUCCCGCCAUUUGACGUUACGUUAUCAGUUUUACGUCACGUCCGUUGUUUAUAUUUGUAUGUGUAUUAUCCUGAUGAAGGAG